GAGAAGAGGAGAGUGAAAUUACAACAAUGGCGGAAAAGGCAGUAACAAUCCGAACUCGCAAGUUCAUGACCAAUCGUCUUCUCUCAAGGAAGCAAUUCGUCAUCGAUGUUCUUCACCCUGGUGGCGCCAACGUAUCAAAGGCUGAGUUGAAGGAAAAAAUGGCUAGGAUCUAUGAUGUGAAUGAUUUGAACUCCAUCUUCGUGUUUAAGUUCCGUACUCACUUCGGAGGUGGUAAAUCAACUGGAUUUGGUUUGAUUUAUGAUUCAGCUGAUAGCGCCAAGAAGUUCGAGCCCAAGUACAAGCUGAUCAGGAACGGAUUGGCCACCAAGAUCGAGAAGUCUAGGAAACAAAUGAAGGAGCGAAAGAACAGAGCAAAGAAGAUCUGUGGUGUGAAGAAGCCGCAGAAGCUAAGAAGAAGUAAGGAAUUAGUGAUGUUGAGGUGCUUGACUGGUUGUGUACACCGUGGCAUUAGUGAAAGAUUACUAGACUUACAGCAGAGAGUCACGCGAAUGUUCUUACUUUAA